AUGUCGCUAAGUGCCAUGAAGGGAAGCUUCCGCAUUCCCCCCGAGCCCCCAGAGCCCCCAGGGGCCCCCGCAACGGAAGCCUCCGCGGGCGGGGGCCCCUGCCGGGCACUUAUUACUGGGGAGCUCCCUGAAAGCCUUUCUGUGAAUCUACCAGAGGACUCCAGAGACCCCGGAGAGCCCAGCGGCCCCCCCCGGCGGGCCCCCGGGCUCAUCACAAGGACUGUGCGUCUCGUGCUGUCCCUGGGCGCUGUGUCGCGUGCUCGGGGCCUAUCAUUCUCCCAGGGGCCCCCCGACAACUCUGGGGGCCCUCCCCUGUUGACUCGCCUACUCAUACUUGAACUGAAUGACAGCACAAUCCGCGGGGCCCCAAAGGGGGGCCCUUCCCCUCUCCUGGGCGUCGUCCUAUGUGCCCGUGGAGAGUCUCCCACUACCAACAGUGUCUCACAGGACGGCUCCUCAAGCAAAUUUAAAUGCAGAAAUCAUAGCCAACGGCCCGAGGGUCCCACAAUCAUCCGCGAAUUUCAGCGGCUACAGUGGGAGGGAGCAGCAACAGCAAGUUGCGCUUUCGUGCGAUAG